CAGAAUGGGUGAGUGGCAGCAGGCGUUGGAGCAGAGUGUGGUGGUGCCCCCCCACCCCCAGAGGCUGCGCCAGCCCCCCAAAGAAUCCAGGGCCUUCCAGUGCAUCCUCAAGUCACUCGAUGGUGCCCCCGUCACUCAGGGCGUGCUGGAGUCACCUUCCGAGUCCCGCUGCCACCUGCGUGUGACGCUCUUCGACAUCACGUACCGGCACUUCUUCGGGAAGACGUGGAGGACACCAUCGAGGCCUGUCCAGUUCCUUGCAGGGUCUCCACCCAGGGUGGUCUUCAAUGAGCCCCUGUAUUUCCACACGUCCUUGGACCACCCCCACAUCGUGGCCGUGGUGGAAGCAGUCACCGAGUCCCGGAAGCGGGACGGCAGCCCCCAGGCUCUGGCAUGUGGCUUUGGGCUUCUUCGGCUCUUCAGUGGCAAACCUGAGUCUCCGAGCUCAGCCGCCUCGCAGGACAAACGGCUGAAGUUGUACCACGGCACCCCCAGAGCUCUGCUGCACCCACUCCUGCUGGAUCCCAUCGAACAUAACAAGCACCUGCACUCCGUGGAGGGCUGCUCUCUGCGCUACAGCCUGCAGCCACACCCGCCGCUCGAAUCCGCCUUCCCACUUGUUCCCGAAAACCUGCUGCUGUCGGGUCACCAGCCUGUCCCCGGCCUGCUCCCCGGCCCCAGAAACCUGGGGGACGCCCUCCGGAAGCCUCGCCUUCAGAAGACGGUCACCUGGUACCUAGAUGACGUGUCCUUCACCCUGUACCCUUCUUUGGAGAAGUUUGAGGAGGAGCUGCUGGAGCUGCUGACCAGCGACCACCUCCAUGAGGGGGGCACCGCGUCGGCCGGUGGCACUCUGCAGGUCCUGGAGCGGCGGCUGCACGUGGGUGUCCACAGCGGGCUGGGCUUCGUGCACAGGCCCCAGGUGCUGGUUCUGGUGCCAGAGCGUGAGGUGGCCCUGACGCGCUCUGCCAGCUGCAGGAGGAGGUUGGAAGCCACUGCCAAGGCCAGCCCUGGCAACCAGGCUCUGGUGUCGAGGAGCCGCCUGCGACUGCCCGAGGUGGCCCCGCACCCCACCUUCACCAUCGUCUUCCAGCUGGAGUAUGUGCUGAGCAGCCCUGCAGCGGCUGAUGGCCACGGUGCUGCUCCCUCACUGUCCAUUAUGCACAUGGUCCGCUGGGCCGCCUGGAGCCCGCCGCCGGGGCCCGACUGCAGGACAGUGACCGUGCCUCUCCAAGGUGGCACCCGGCCCAACCCUUCUCGCUGCCUCGCAUUCAAGGUGCCCUCGGCCAGCAGGAGCUCUGAGGAGGUGCAGCAGGUAGAGUCAGGCACCAUCCGGUUCCGGGCCUCGAUGGACCCCGAAACACGCCCUAACAUGCCCACGAGCCCUCGGCCAGAGCCAGAGCCGGAGCAGCGGGUUACCAAGAAGCCAUCCAGCCCGUCCACGCCUCCACCCCAGAGGCUUGCCGCCCCCUACGACUCCCCGAUGGGGCCUGGGCUGUCCCUCUCCCAACUGGCUGCGUCCCCAGCUCAGCAGCACUGCGAUGGGUCCCCCCGCCCCAGCUCUGAGACCGCCCCGGCCCCGCAGGAGCUGCCAUGGGCCGGGGCCGUGUCGCACCUGGAGGCCGAGCUCAGCCCCGCCCAGCUGCUCCCUGGGGUGACGCCACCCUUCGUCCCGCUGCUGCACGCCCCCAUUGCUGCAGGGACCCCGAGCCGCGGCCUGGGGCGGAAGCCCUCUCGGGCAGCCUUGCUCCGGCUCCAGGCCUCAGGCUGCUCCCCAAUCCUGGAUGCCGAGCAGCUGCCGGCUGAGGACGUGGAUCCCGUGGGCCCCGUGAGCUUCAGCCCCCGAAAGGAGGAGGCGGAUCCACUCCAGGGCAACGACAUCCUCCUGUGCUUCCUGGCCUUCAGCCGGGUGCCCCAGACGCCCCAGGGGACUCCGUGGCCCUCGACCAUCUACCUCACUUUCCAGUUCUACCGCUUCCCCCCGGCCACCACCCCACGGCUGCAGCUGGUGGAGCUCGAAGGGUCCGGGGAUGGGAGCUCGGGCUCUGUGUCCCACAUCCUGGUCCCAGUUGCCAAAGACCCCUCCUGCCACCCAGGGGCUCCGGGCUUCCAGCUGCAGUACAGGGUGGACCAUGGCUUCCUGCGACCUGGGGAGCUGGGCCGCUUCGCCCACUACCUGGCCACGCACAGCCUGCAGAUCGACGUGUGGGACGGGGACUCUCUGCUCCUUGUGGGAUCCACCGCGGCACCCAUGAAGCACCUGCCCCGCCAGGGCCGCCCGGCCGUGCAGGUCUCACUGGAGCUGGACGUCCUGGCUACCGAGUACAUGCAAGACACCACGGUGCUGAGUGGUGACUUGAUUGGCCGUGGGGGCAUCAAGCCCCUCGGUGUCCACACGGAGUUGAGGGGCCGACUGCACCUGACCAUGGCCAAUGUGGGCCGCCUGUGUGAGCGAAGCGCCAGGGCCGACAGUGCCGGGCCAUCGCCCCAGACCCGUGUCAUCUCCAGCGAUGCGGCUGCCAGCUUCUCGGGCAGCGGCCUCCUCUUGGCUGGGGGCUCCAGAUCCCUGAAAAAUGUGGUCCGGGCCCAGAGGCUGGCAGACGUGGCCUCUGACCUGGCUGCCCUGCUGGUCACUCCCCGGCCGCAGGAGCGCGCUGGGCCACGGGCAGCUGAGGCUGAAGCCCUUCGCCGGCGCAAGCUGGACCGGAUGCGGGCGGUGCGGCUGCGAGAGGCCGGGCAGGCUGGCGCCCGGGGGACCAGCAUGCUGGCCCGGCAGCGCGCUCUGGCCCAGCACGCCCGCGACCUGCAGGUGGUGGCGGCCUACCGCGAGCGCACCAAGGCCCAGAGCAUCGCCGAUGCCCUCAGCCGGGCUGUGACCGCCCGCCACACACUCCACGCCACGAUGGGCACCGCCGAGUUCUUCGAGUUUGCGCUCCGGAACCCGCACCACGCGCCGCACACGGUGACCAUCGAGAUUGAUGACCCCAGAGCUCAGGUGCGCGUGGUCGUGGACAGCCGGGAGUGGCGCCAUCUGAAGGCCGCGGCUGGGCUGCACACACCACUGGAGGAGAACAUGUUCCCCCCGACGAACGGCCGAGCCCCACAGCUCUACCUUCGCCCCCGGGAGACAGCCCAUGUCCCCUUCAAGUACCAGAGCUUCUCGCUGGGCCGGGCCCACUCGCAGAGCCCAGGCAUACCCAGCACCGAGAAGGAUGCAGAUGUGGGGUCCCCUGUACCAUCCCCCACAUCCGGUGACACGUCUAGGCAAGUCCAGGUGGUGUUCCGCGCGGCUGGCAGACCCCUGGCUGUGCUGAACCUGACGGUGGCCCCCCAGCCGCAUGCCGUGGACCAGGUGUUCCGCUUCUACCAGCCCGAGCUUACCUUCCUGAAGAAGGCCAUCCGCCUGCCACCCUGGCACACGCUGCCAGGGGCUCCUGUGGGAAUGCCGGGGGAGGAGCCCCCAGUCCACGUCCGAUGCAGUGACCCCAACGUCAUCUGUGAGACGCAGAGUGUGGGUCCCGGUGAGCCUCGGGAUGUGUUUCUGAAGGUGGCCAGUGGCCCCAGCCCUGAGACCAGAGACUUCUUUGUCGCUGUUUACACGGACCCCUGGCUGGCCACUCCUGCACAGAUCUGGGAAGUCCACGUACACUCCCUGCAGCGUGUCGAUGUCUCCUGCGUCACCGGCCAGCGGACCCGCCUGUCCCUGGUCCUGCGGGGGACACAGGCCGCCAGGAACGUGAGGGCCUUCACCUCGAACCCCCAGGAGCUGACGACGGACCCCCAGGGCGUGUUUGUGCUGCCGCCUCUCGGGGUGCUGGACCUGCACGUGGCUGUGUGGCCCCGGCGGCCGGGCAGCCGCUUCCUGCUCCUGCACGUGGUCGACGUUGACUGGCACCAGCUCGUGGCCUCAUGGCUCGUGGGCCUGUCCUGCCACCCACCGGUCAUCUCCAAGGCCUUUGAGAUCCGGCUGGCCGUGGGGGACAGGCAGGGGGUGCAGAAGCGCAUCACCUACACCAACCCGUACCCCGGCCCAAGGGCCUAUAACCUGCUCAGUGACCGGCCUGACCGCCUGCGCUUCCGGGAGGAUGCUUUCCAGGUGGGGGCAGGGGAGACCUACACCAUCGGAUUGUGCUUCCUGCCGGCCACCAGCCCGGGAGAGGAGGAAAUUCUCAUCUACAUCAAUGACCACGAGGACAAGACUGAGGAGACUUUUUGUGUCAAGGUCAUCUCAAAAUGAUGGUCAAAGUCAAGGUCAUCUACAUGACGAUCUAGGUCAUACAC